AUGGAGCAGAGUCAAGAAUUAAGGCUGUGCAAGACUGGAGAAUCCCACAGCCUUGCAAAAUACAUCAAAAAUGAGGAGGAAAAACUACUCAAUCAAAUUAAAUCCUUGAACUCUCAUAGAGCAGUAGAAAUUCCUCAUUACAGUGGUCCAGGUGACAGAUUCAGACCCUAUGGGUAUAAAACUAAAUAUCAAUGUCUCCUUCUGUGCCUUGGCUGUUUCUUCCCCCCCCUUGACCCUGCUCUCUGUCUCUGUUUGGAGCAGGUGUUCUGUGACACCAGCCGGGUGGUGCAGGCCGCGGAGGUGCUGGACUGGGAGGACAAGGAUGCUGCAGAGACACUGGUUGACAACGUGGUCCACUCCAGGAUCAUCAACCCCCUACGGCUCUUUGUCAAACCCUCCCCAGUGCUGAAACACGGCCAGGUGUCCUACUCGGACAGCAUAGAAAACUUUUGGGAUUGGUUGUCCAACAUCACGGAGGUUCAGGAAUCUCUGGCACGAACUAAGCGCAGACCUAUAGUGAAAACUGGGAAAUUCAAGAAAAUGUUUGGGUGGGGUGACUUCCACUCCAACAUCAAAACUGUAAAGCUGAACCUGCUGAUCACGGGGAAAAUCGUCGAUCACGGCAACGGAACCUUCAGCGUUUAUUUCCGACACAACUCCACGGGCCUGGGGAAUGUUUCUGUCAGCCUGGUGCCGCCCUCCAAGGUGGUGGAGUUUGAGCCAUCUCCACAGUCCACGCUGGAGACCAAGGAGUCCAAGUCCUUCAACUGCCGCAUCGAGUACGAGAAAACAGACCGCGCCAAAAAAACUGCCCUGUGCAACUUUGACCCUUCCAAGAUCUGCUACCAAGAGCAGACCCAAAGCCAUGUCUCCUGGUUGUGUUCCAAACCCUUCAAAGUCAUCUGCAUUUACAUCGCGUUCUACAGCGUAGAUUACAAACUGGUGCAGAAGGUCUGUCCCGACUACAACUACCACAGCGAGACGCCCUACCUGUCCUCCGGCUGAGCCGGCCUGGGGAUCCCCAUCCCACAGAAACGAGCAUUCCCAUCAGCCUUCUGGGGAGGAAUGUGGUUUCCUGUCAGGUUAAAAAGUCUCUAAAAACCGUAGCUGUGUUCGUGCUGUAUCGUAACUAAUCCAGCUGUUUAUGUAACGAUCGUUUUCCUUUGAGGCCGUCGCGUUUCAGCUCUCUCAUCGUCCGUAAGGGAACUGCCAGGCAGGCACGUGGCAAGAAUCAAACUAAAUUAUGUCUGGAAUGAACAUUGAUCUUAAAAAUCACUUUUUUGAACAACUCCAUGGCAGAGAGGUUGUGUUUUAUUUGAAGUGGACAGCACUUAGCAGGUUCUGUUUCUCAUUGGGAACUAUAGGUGACAAUAGAAUGAACAAGUGAUGGAGCAGCCUCAAAGCUGCUCGUACCCAAACUUCAAAUAAACAGCUCUCCCACUGCUUUCAUAAAGAAUGUUACACAGAGGGCUCAAGUAGUCCAGUCCAAAUACUAAGAGGAAGUGCUAAUUCUUUGAUAAAAAAGGAGAGAAAUCUGCAUUUUUAUGAGUUGUAGUAGCUGUAGGUGUUCAUUGAAGUGAAGAGUGAGUAGUUCUUCCUUCAGACUCCCUACCCAUGGAUAUGCAAUGAUGUAAUUAGACCUCAAUGAGCUUCAGUUUAUUAGACCCCACAGGUGUGCACAUGUGGUAUACAUCCCUUCCUCCCCUGCCCACCACUGGGUUUGAUUCCUCUCACACAUUCACACAAGCACACACACCCCAGUAUUAAUUUUGCAGCAACAGAGAAUCUGUAAAUACCUAGAGGAAAGAUAAUCUCUGUUUAAGUCAACCUGGUCUCAUGGAAGGUGCCUCCACCCAUGGCAGGGGGUUGGAACUGGAUGAUCUUUGAGAUUCAUUCCAACCCAACCCAUUCUGUGAUUCUCUGAACUGUAGCAGGGGCUGGCUUCCAGGAAAAGGAAGCAAUUAUUUUGCUAUCCAGCCCCUGAGCAUUAAAGUGCAGCAAGGAAAACACAUCACAGCACAAGGAUGAUACCUGAACAGCAGCUUUCUCCUUCUUGGCACCCGUUGUUCCCUUAGCACUGCACUGCACACCUCAAGUCAAAGUAUCAGCCAUGACAAAGAGAGAGAACAAAAAUCUAUGCAGCUUCACCUCAUAAAGCAGGUUUGAAAUUUUAAUAUAAAUACCCAGCCAGGCUUUCCCCUAGAGCAGCAGCAGCUCCCUGCAGUGCAGCUGCAGCAAGGGAGGGUCCAGCUGUGGCCCAUGGUCGGCUCUGGCCAUGCAGCUCCAGCAUCACCCCUGUGCUUGCUCUGGGUACUGAUCUGCUGCUGCUGCUGCUGCCAGUUUGCUCUCCUGCUCCUCGGUGACAGCUCAGUGUCACAGGUCCUGUGGAAGGAGCUGCCUGGGGAAGUGCUGAUUGCCUCAGUCAGGCUCGCACACAGGGUUCAAGGAGUUACACACAGCUUAAAUAAAGCUCUAUUGAAAUACUGUUUGGUGAUGUGCACACACACAAGUGACUGUGGCAGCUCAGAAGGACUCACUCAUGAGAGUAAUUCUGAUUUCCUUGGUAAAGACUCACACAAAAAAAUUACUCUGUUAAAAAUAUACGAGUAACUGGGUGAUUUGUUUUUCUCUUUAGGUGACAAAUUUAAAUGUGUGGUUUAGUUUGAUCAAUAAUCUAAAUGUUUUCCUUCAUCUUAUUUCAUACAGAGUCUCUCCUGGUCUAUAAUGAUGUUUUUUAGUUUGCCUAAUCCUGUCAAUUCCUACAAGUUGGUCUCUUUGUAUUCUGUAUAGCGUGUCCUUGCCCCAGCUGUACAUGAGCUUGGAUUUAUUGCUACGAGUUCAGUGCUUGGUGCUUUUGUAACUUAGCUGUAAGCCAUGAUUUUAUUGCCAUGUAUUUUUACUCAGCACUGUAGGCAAUUAAAAAGAAAACCCUACAUGCUAUUUAUUGUAGAGUAUGUGGAAACCAUGUAUGUAUAUACACUUAAAUAUGUGUACAUAUACAGAACAUAUGUGUACAUGUAUUUGUAUGUAAAUAAAGAGAGUUUAUUAAAUCUGGCA